GAAAGCAGUUCUCUGGGACCACCUUCUUUUGGCUUCAAUCUCUCCCACUCUUGACAUCCGAGUAGCUUGGAGGGAAGCUCCUCCAGGUCCGAGUGUUUAUAUGUAAAGAGACUGGCCGCUAGGGCUCACGACCGGGAUUAUCCGAGCUCUGCAAAAACGCACGCGGUUAUUACCUUGGGAGGGUGGGAAAGUCACACGAGUUUCAGUGAAAAGUGACAGAGGGUGGUGGCGUUUGGAACCGUCGUGAAGUCUUCUGCUUGGAACCCGAGACUUGCAUGCUAUGGAACACCCGCUCUUUGGCUGCCUGCGCAGCCCCCACGCCGCAGCGCAAGGCUUGCACCCGUUCUCCCAGUCCUCUCUCGCCCUCCAUGGAAGAUCUGACCAUAUGUCCUACCCCGAACUUUCUACUUCUUCCUCGUCUUGCAUAAUCGCGGGCUAUCCCAACGAGGAGGGCAUGUUUGCCAGCCAGCAUCACAGGGGACACCACCAUCACCACCAUCACCACCACCACCACCACCAGCAGCAGCAACACCAGGCUCUGCAAACCAACUGGCACCUCCCGCAGAUGUCCUCCCCACCGAGUGCGGCUCGGCACAGUCUCUGCCUCCAGCCGGACUCGGGAGGGCCCCCGGAGCUGGGGAGCAGCCCGCCGGUAUUGUGUUCCAACUCGUCCAGCUUGGGCUCCAGCACUCCGACCGCAGCCGCGUGCGCACCUGGGGAGUACGGCCGCCAAGCGCUAUCACCUGCCGAGGCAGAGAAGAGAAGUGGCAGCAAGAGGAAAAGCGACAGCUCAGACUCCCAGGAAGGAAAUUACAAAUCUGAAGUCAACAGCAAACCCAGGAAGGAAAGGACAGCUUUUACGAAGGAGCAAAUCAGAGAACUUGAAGCUGAAUUUGCCCAUCAUAAUUAUUUGACCAGACUGAGAAGAUAUGAGAUAGCAGUGAAUCUAGAUCUCACGGAAAGACAGGUGAAAGUGUGGUUCCAGAACAGACGAAUGAAGUGGAAAAGGGUAAAAGGAGGACAGCAAGGAGCUGCAGCUCGAGAAAAGGAACUGGUGAAUGUGAAAAAAGGAACACUUCUUCCAUCUGAGCUUUCGGGAAUUGGUGCAGCCACCCUCCAGCAGACAGGGGACUCUCUAGCAAAUGAAGAUAGUCACGACAGUGACCACAGCUCAGAGCAUGCACAUUUAUGAUAUAUACAGAAAGGACCAGCUCCAUUCUCAGGAAAGAAAUGUUGUGAUGGCAAGCCUUACCCAAACAUCGUUUACACAGAGAGCUGAUUAUGGUAGUGAUGUGUAAUAUCGAAUUCAGGCAUCUCAAGUAUGUUUUCAUGAUUGAUAAAGGGUAUACACUAAGUGCCUCUUAUUGAAGAUGCUUCCACAUUGAAGACGGAGAAGGUGAACUUGCUUUGAAUAUUGCAAAUAUGUUUGGUUGUGUAAAUGGCAGUAAGAAGGUGUGUGUUUGCUUUUGCUUGCACUGAAAAUUAAAUUGCUAUCAAGAGCAAACUUGAUAAGACAUUUUUAUUCAAGAUGCCUCCAGAGUGAAGAUGCCAAAGAUGAACUUGCUUUGAACAUUCCAGAUGUACAAGGUCAUGUGUAUGACAGUGGGCAGGUAUUUGCUUUUGCUUGCACUGAAAAUUAAAUUGCUAUCAAGUAUAAACCAUGAAAUAUUGUAUCCUGAACAAAGUGCCUUAAAUCGCCAAAUGAAUAAAAAGUGUUUUUAACUCUUGUAUAUAUUACCCUUAAGUCAUUUUUCUGUCUUCACUAAUUUUAGCAAUGCAUUCAUUCAUAUUAGCUGAUGAAAAUAGGCACUCACCUUAACAACCAGAACCAAUUUCUUGUACUUUUUAUACAUUUUUGUUCAUACAGAGACAAUCAUUAUGUGCUUUCUUGUGUUCAAUUAGAGAAAAAUGCAGUAGAAUCUGAUAGGACAUAAACUUGUACCACAGACAAGACAAAUCUUAUGUUGCGUUUACUAUCAACCGCUGCUAAGCUGACACAUUAUAAAACGUACCUAGCUCCUCAAUUCUUCCUAUCUUAUAGCUUGAAAAAAUACUUUAGGAUCAUAGGUAAAUCAGUUACCUUGCAGAAAGUUUUGUAUGCCAGACAUUGUCUGAUUUUAUUUCUAUAAAAUGUUAGCAGUUAUGGAUAUGAUUUAAUUAACAAGGAAAAGUUUUCUUCUUUAUUGGCAAUGGUAUUAAAUAUGGUGAAAGCAAAGUUGAUUCUUCAUGUGGAUAUAUGACAAAAUUCUGAAUGUCUUCAAAUUAAAUUCAAUAAAAUAUCUUGUUUUCUUAUAUGUGACAUACUCAUGCAGAGCAACAAUCUUUGUAUUUUGUAAAAAACAGCUUAAUAAAUGGUCCUUUGUAAAUAA